CAAUCACUAUGUCAAGUGACACAGAUGUUUCUCUUUCUUCAUAUGAUGAAGAUCAGGGAUCUAAACUUAUCCGAAAAGCUAGAGAGGCACCAUUUGUCCCCAUUGGAACGGCAGGUUUUGCAGCAAUCGUUGCAUAUGGAUUAUAUAAAUGGAAGAGCAGGGGCGAUACUAAAAUGUCUGUUCACCUGAUCCACAUGCGCGUGGCGGCCCAAGGCUUUGUUGUGGGAGCAAUGACUCUUGGUAUGGGCUAUUCCAUGUAGCAAGAAUUCUGGGCAAAACCUAAACCUUAGAAGAGGAGAUGCUGUCUUGGUCUUGGUGGUGCUUGCUUUAGUUAGACAUCUCAUAUUGAGGUUAUGUGUUUAUGUUGAAAAUAAAUUCUGUGGGUCGGACAGUAACAUGGUAAUUUUAAUAUUGGCUUCCUUUCUUGCAGGCUUGAUUUGCCUAGUGCCUAGUUCACUAGCUAGGUCAUUCAGGGGAGUCAGAUUAGCACAAAAACAUGUCACUUUUAAAUGCACUUGAUAGUGGUACAAUGUCCACCUUCUUAAACUCUUCUGAUAAAAUUAGUUGUAAAGAGGACAACAUGCCAAACCUGAAAAUGCUCCCAGUUGCUGCAGAAUAUCAUAUGCUUUUGAUGUAAUGUAGGAAUCCUAUUUACCCCAGUUAAUUUAACUCUUUCUGACUGCCUUGUGGACUGAGUACUGUUUUUAAG